GCCAUGGAGCGGGUAAACGACGCUUCUUGCGGCCCGUCGGGCUGCUACACCUACCAGGUGAGCAGACACAGCACGGAGAUGCUGCACAACCUGAACCAACAACGCAAAAACGGCGGGCGCUUUUGCGACGUGCUCCUGCGGGUGGGUGAUGAGAGCUUCCCAGCGCACCGCGCCGUGCUGGCCGCCUGCAGCGAGUACUUUGAGUCUGUGUUCAGCGCCCAGUUGGGCGAUGGCGGAGCGGCGGACGGGGGUCCGGCUGAUGUGGGGGGCGCGACGGCCGCCCCGGGCGGCGGGGCCGGGGGCAGUCGGGAGCUGGAGAUGCACACCAUCAGUUCCAAGGUGUUCGGGGACAUUCUGGACUUCGCCUACACUUCCCGCAUCGUGGUGCGCCUGGAGAGCUUUCCCGAACUCAUGACGGCUGCCAAGUUCCUGCUGAUGAGGUCGGUUAUCGAGAUCUGUCAGGAAGUCAUCAAACAGUCCAACGUGCAGAUCCUGGUACCCCCUGCCCGGGCCGACAUCAUGCUCUUUCGCCCCCCUGGGACCUCAGACUUGGGCUUCCCUUUGGACAUGACCAACGGGGCAGCCUUGGCAGCCAACAGCAAUGGCAUCGCAGGCAGCAUGCAGCCAGAGGAGGAGGCGGCCAGGGCAGCUGGUGCAGCUAUUGCAGGCCAAGCCUCCCUGCCUGUGUUACCUGGGGUGGACCGCUUGCCCAUGGUGGCUGGACCCCUGUCCCCUCAACUGCUGACUUCCCCAUUCCCCAAUGUGGCAUCCAGUGCCCCUCCCCUGACUGGCAAGAGAGGCCGGGGCCGCCCAAGGAAGGCCAACCUGCUGGACUCAAUGUUUGGGUCUCCAGGGGGCCUGAGGGAGGCAGGCAUCCUUCCAUGUGGUCUGUGUGGAAAGGUGUUCACUGAUGCCAACCGGCUCCGGCAGCAUGAGGCCCAGCACGGUGUCACCAGCCUCCAGCUGGGCUACAUCGACCUUCCUCCUCCAAGGCUGGGUGAGAAUGGGCUACCCAUCUCUGAAGACCCUGACGGCCCCCGGAAAAGAAGCCGGACCAGAAAGCAGGUUGCCUGUGAGAUCUGCGGCAAGAUUUUCCGUGAUGUGUACCAUCUCAACCGGCACAAGCUGUCCCACUCUGGGGAGAAGCCCUACUCCUGCCCUGUGUGUGGGCUGCGGUUCAAGAGAAAAGACCGCAUGUCCUACCAUGUGCGGUCCCAUGACGGGUCCGUGGGCAAGCCCUACAUCUGCCAGAGCUGUGGGAAAGGCUUCUCCAGGCCCGAUCACUUGAAUGGACAUAUCAAGCAGGUGCACACUUCUGAGCGGCCUCACAAGUGUCAGACCUGCAAUGCUUCUUUUGCCACCCGAGACCGUCUGCGCUCCCAUCUGGCCUGUCAUGAAGACAAGGUGCCCUGCCAGGUGUGUGGGAAGUACUUGCGGGCAGCAUACAUGGCAGACCACCUGAAGAAGCACAGCGAGGGGCCCAGCAACUUCUGCAGUAUCUGUAACCGAGGUUUCUCCUCUGCCUCCUACUUAAAGGUCCAUGUUAAAACCCACCACGGUGUUCCCCUUCCCCAGGUCUCCAGGCACCAGGAGCCCAUCCCGAAUGGGGGAGCAGCGUUCCACUGCGCCAGGACCUAUGGCAACAAAGAAGGCCAGAAAUGCUCACAUCAGGAUCCGAUUGAGAGCUCCGACUCCUACGGUGACCUCUCAGAUGCCAGCGACCUGAAGACGCCGGAGAAGCAGAGUGCUAAUGGCUCUUUCUCCUGUGACCUAGCAGUCCCCAAAAACAAGAUGGAGUCUGACGGGGAGAAGAAGUACCCAUGCCCUGAAUGUGGGAGCUUCUUCCGCUCUAAGUCCUACUUGAACAAACAUAUCCAGAAGGUGCAUGUCCGGGCCCUCGGGGGCCCUCUGGGGGACCUGGGCCCUACCCUCGGCUCACCUUUCUCUCCCCAGCAGAACAUGUCUCUCCUUGAGUCCUUUGGGUUUCAGAUUGUUCAGUCGGCAUUUGCAUCGUCUUUAGUAGAUCCUGAGGUUGACCAGCAGCCCAUGGGGCCUGAAGGGAAGUGAGGCAGAUGCUGCGUCCCCACGGAAACAGUCAUCUGGGGACUGCUGAGAAAUGCUGUGAAUGCGGAGGGAAGUGAAGUCUUUGGGUUCUGUAGCUGAGAGAUUUUUAUUUGUUCUUAACUCCCCACCCCAUCCCAACUCCCUCUCCAUAACCCAUUCCCCCAGUGGUCUUUAGAAAUAGAGUUUCAUUGGAUACUCUGCAGAAAUAUCAGGGAGACCUGGUCUGGGAUGAGGGCAGAAAACACUACAUAGACCUCCAAGGCCACGCCAGUCCCAGUUUCUCUAAUGGACGGAAGCUGGAAUUCCUGGUGCUCAGUUCUUAGGGAUCCCAGUCCUAAACCCAAACCCCAUGGCAUGGUGGGACCUUAGUGAUUUGGGGUCCCCACCCACUUCUCUCAAUUCCUUAUCCUCCCUUCCCAUAACCCUCAAAAUAGACACAGUAGGGUCUCUACCCACUCACACAACACUGAUGCCCAGCUGUUUUUAAGGAAGCCUGAAGCCUACAGCAUCCCACGGACCAUGGGGUGAGUGUCCUCUGAGAGUCCCCAGAGCUCAGCCCUCAGCUUGGAGGGCCCCAGACCUUUCUGAGCCCUGCUUGGAGGCUAGCAUUUUGCUGCUAGGACAAGCUCAGCUAUUGAGGCACCCCCACCCCAAAUUCCAGUUCUUACAUGAUUUUAACCAUUCGACUUGCUGUUGGGUUUUGAUUCUCUAAUUAUUAUUAUUAUUGUUAUUAUUUUUUAGGACCAGAUGUAGUGAAUUGCUACUGAAAGCUAUCCCAGGUGAUACAGAGCUCUUUGUAAACCGCAGUCACACAUUAGGGUUAGUAUUAAACUUUGUUUAGAUGUACUAUAAUUAACUUGGCUAGUUGAUUGUUUGAAGUCUAUGGAAGAAAUAGUUUUAUGCAAAAUUUUAAAAAAUGCCAGUCUGGUCAGGGAGGUAGGGGGUUUUAGUGCUGUUGGAACCCAGGAAAAUGGAAAAGCCAGCAGAUAGGGACACUGUACCUCAGUUGUGUCACACGUGAGUGAGACCAGGUUGACCUUAUGAUGUGAAUUGAUCUGAUCAGACUGUAUUAAAAACGUUAGUACGUUACUCUA